CUCAAUAGUUUCAUAGCUACACCUACAAAGAAAACUGACAAGGUAUAGUGAUAUAUUCCCAUAUAGCAACAACACUCAAUGCAUACUCAAACAUACUCUAAUGUUGUCUGAUGUUGGGUUUAUGAAUAGGACUCAGAGCCAAAACCAGAAGAGAAAAACAAGAAGGAUGUGGAUAGUUCUGCUGCCUUUCCAGAACCUGGCACAGUACCUGGAAGUAGUUUCAGAAUGCAGCCUCAAAGCAAAAUCUCUCAUCCUUACCAUGUUAUCAUUGAAGGUUUGGGAUCUGCGCAAAACAAAGGAAUCAUUGAAGGUAUUUGAAGAACUGCCAAAUAACUACGGACAAACAAAUAUUGGUUUCACUUACAGUCCUGAUGAGCAGCUAUUUUUUACUGGAACAUCCGUGGAAAGGGAUAGCGCAACAAGAGGUUUAUUGUGCUUCUUUGAUAGAUUAUAAAUCUUGAGCUUGUUUCAAAAGUUGGCAUCCUAAACUGAAUCAGAAAGGUGGUAUGAUUAAGGAGACAUGGAUGGAUGAGGAUCCGAGGUAAGCUAUCCUAAAAUAUGUUGGUGUUGCAAAGGAACCAAAGUUCAUAGCUUCAGCAUAUGCCGAAAGUCAACCUGAACCAUUGUUUGCAAAGUCAGAUUCUGAGGAUGAAGAGAAAUGAGUGUAUCAUGAAAUUAUCAUUGCUGGUAUCAAUGCAGCAGUAACAGCAGACAAGAGUGAGUCAGAACUCAGAAACUGUUCCUUGUUCCAACAUGCGGAGAGGUACCCUCCUCGGCAAAGCUUCAUUAAUACGAACUGGAAUGAUGAUGUUGAACUUCGUAGGACUACAAAGUUUUAUCGAUCUUGUUAGAGAAGUAUUAAUGUGUACAU